AUGCACAUUAUACCCUUGUUUCUACUAUCCUUUGUAUGGGCGCAGUCAUCUGCAGCGUGGCGUGUCACAUACUAUGGAACCGAGACAGUCGUACCUCUAGCUUGGGGCGGCGAAACAACAACAAUCACUCCAGUGGUGACGACCGCGCCUCUCACAGUCUCACCAAUAUCCACCUCAAGUGACUAUCAUACCGAUUAUGCCACUGGAAAAGAGCUAGCCAGCGGCAUCAUCAGCGUUACGACAGAGUAUCUCAUCUUGCCAAACGUUACCGGCCUCCCUGUCAGCGCCUUCUUCUUCGACCCACCAACGGAAUCAACCACUGCGAGUCCGACCGUCACCACCCAGUAUUACCUCCCAGUAACGCUCAGCAAUCCGGCAUCAUGCACCAAAACGACAUUCACAUACACUGAUUCUAUCAGCAUCAUACUGCCUGACAGUCUGACCGCACAGGCGACCGAUUCCAGUCUCGCAACGUACGUGACGACUUAUAUAUCAACCAUCAGCACCAAUUUGGGUGGCCAGGCUGUGACGACUUCCCGAUGCGAUGUGUAUCUGAAUAGCAAGGCUAUUCCUUCGGCGACGAUUUGGGAUGACAGCUAUCUCACCGAGUGUGUCGAUCCGCGACGGUCUACAUGCAGUGCUGGGGAGAAUCAGAAAGCUACAGGUUCGGGAGGAUGCAAUGGGUUAUAUCCCCCGACUGGAGCUUCGAAUGCUGCGGCAACAACUACUGCUGGAGGAACCGCAGAGCCUACCAAGACAGGCGGAGCUCCUGUGACGAGGAAAUCACUUGGCUCGUUAGGCCUAUGGAGUUUUGUCCUUUGUGUCUGGAUUGGAUUUAAUUAA